AAUAGUUUUUUUUUUUUUUAAAAAAAAAAAAGAAAAAAUGACACUACACAUUUUCCUACUACUUCUACUAUUACUACUGCUGCUGCUGCUCUCCCCUCCCUCGCGCGUCCGCGCCGUUCCUGCAGGCCGUCAUCACGACUACCGCGGCGCGCUGGCGAAGUCGAUUCUGUUCUUCGAGGGGCAGCGGUCGGGCCGUCUGCCCGCCGGCGGCGGCCAGCGCGCGAGCUGGCGCGGGGACUCCGGACUGUCCGACGGGGCGGGGGUGGGCGUCGACCUGGCGGGCGGGUACUACGACGCGGGCGACAACGUCAAGUUCGGGUUCCCGAUGGCGUUCACCGCCACCAUGCUCGCGUGGGGGGUCGUCGAGUUCGGCGCGCAAAUGCCGUCCGACGAGCUGCGGCAUGCCGCCGCCGCCGUCAGGUGGGCCACGGACUACCUCCUCAAGACUGUCGCGCAGCUGCCCGACCGCAUUUUUGUGCAGGUUGGCGAUCCCAUAAGCGACCACAACUGCUGGGAGAGGCCGGAGGACAUGGACACGGUGCGGACGGUGUACAACGUGAGCGCGGACCGGCCCGGGUCGGAGGUGGCGGGGGAGACGGCGGCGGCGCUCGCGGCCGCGUCGAUGGUGUUCCGGUCGCUGUCGGACGACGGGUACGCCGACCGGCUGCUGGAGAGCGCGCGGCGCGCCUUCGAAUUCGCCGACGCCUACAAGGGCGCCUACAGCGACGACCCGGGGCUCAAGGCCGGCGUCUGCCCGUUCUACUGCGACUUCGAUGGCUACCAGGAUGAGUUACUAUGGGGAGCAGCAUGGCUUAGAAGGGCCACCCAAAAUGAUACUUUCCUCAACUACAUACAGGACAAUGGCAAAACACUUGGAGCAGAAGACAACAUCAAUGAGUUUGGAUGGGACAACAAGCAUGCUGGGCUAAAUGUCCUGGUCUCUAAAGAAUUCUUGCAAGGGCAAAUUCUCUCCCUGCAAUCCUACAAAGAAUCCGCGGACAGCUUCAUGUGCACCCUGAUACCGGAAUCGCCGCCGUCGUCGUCACCGCACAUCGAGUACACCCCUGGCGGGCUAAUCUACAAGCCAGGAGGGAGCAACAUGCAGCAUGUCACUGCAAUCUCCUUCCUCCUCCUCGCCUAUGCGAAGUACCUGUCGGAAACUUCACAAACUGUUAACUGUGGGAGCAUGACUGUAGGUCCAGAGUCCCUCAGACUACAAGCUAAAAAGCAGGUUGAUUACUUGCUAGGAGAUAAUCCGAUGAACAUGUCCUACAUGGUCGGGUACGGUGAUCGAUAUCCUCAAAGGAUCCACCACCGGGCCUCGUCGUUACCGUCGAUUGUAACCCACCCUCAGUUCAUUGCAUGCAAGGAUGGUUCAGCUUACUACAGGUCCUCUGACCCUAACCCUAAUCCGCUGAUCGGAGCUGUAGUCGGCGGGCCAGGAGAGGAUGAUGUCUAUGAAGACGACCGUGUGGAUUUUCGCAAAUCGGAGCCAACGACUUACAUCAAUGCUCCAUUAGUAGGAGUUCUUGCCUACUUUGUUGCAAACCCUAACUUGAAUUCUUAGCUCUUGUGAACAAGAUUUCUUACAUAGUUACAUGUAUAUACAAAUAUAGAGAGAGUGCAACAAAAUUAUAGGAAAUAAUGGAAAAUAUAUAUAUGUAAAUCCCUUAAGAUUCUAAGUUUAAAAGAGUGAUGAUUGUAUACAAUUUGAGUGUGUAUGUAUACUCAGGUGAGGGUUCAAGCCCCAGAAAGGAAAAAUAAGUGCAUGAUUUUUUUUUUGUUA